CUUAAAUAGCGGAAACGUGUUAGCAUUUCGGUUCCCAAAUUGACCUCGAUUACGAAUCUUAUCGAGCGUUAUCAUGGUUAUCGACGAUAAUAUAAUAAUAUCGUCGAUCAAUGACGCAUUCGGCGUAUGGCGCAUAAUACAUCAUUUUCGGCAGUCGCGAGAUUCGUGUUCACUGAUGCGUACGUGUGAAUUAUGUCGUCCAUUAAUCGUGAAAAUGGACCGAGAAUCAGUGUUCUUGGUGAUUACUACGACGACAGCAGUUCCGAGUUCGACGAAACUGAGGACGAAGGUUCGCAGAAGGACGUCCCACCAUGGGACAUGUUCAAGUCCUUCCCACCUCAACCGGAAAGCGGUUCGAUGCGUAUGAAUAAAUUCUUCGAAAUGAUACUUUGGAUAUUGAAACUGUUCAUUUACGGUUUGCUACUCAUCAUCGUUCUGUGCAGCAGUGUUAUAGCUAAAUCAGCUGUCCUGUUCGCGACCUCGCAGUUGCAGAAGAAUCCAUCAGUACGCUAUUGUAAUUACAGUCUAGAAUCGGAACAUAGACUUUUAGUUGAGCAUACACAGGACGGCCGCAUAAAUUGGACCUGGUGUCUAAUUUUCAUGUUUCUCGUGCCAGAGUGCCUCGGCUUUCUAAACACUCUAUGGCACUGGUUCUUCAAAAAUAAACCAAAAAUGCCAAAGAAGCGAAAUAUCGCAUUCAUGAUGCUGAUAGAAACCCUUCACACGAUCGGUUUAGUCUUAUUAAUUUUCGUUAUCUUACCGGAAAUUAAUGCAGUUCAAGGAGCCGCUAUUUUCUGUUGCUUAUGCUUUGUACCAGGAUUGUUAAAUCUACUUUCACGAAACAAGGAAAGUCGAAAUUUAUCAACAAGCAGAUUAGGAUUGUUUCGAAUUUUUGACAUCCUGGCUUUGGCCGCACAAGUUAGCGGAAUGUUUUUAUGGCCCAUGAUCCAGCAUGAUGUUAAUAAAGCCUCGACGUGGAUUUUUCCUAUUGCACUCGUGUUGUGUUCAUGUCGUUGGUGGAGCAACUUUGUAUCACCCCACAGCAAUGUCGGUCUGGUGCGAUUCUUGUUGUCUGUGAAAGAAGAUCUUCAGCAAUGUCAGCACAUCAUACAGGGAUACAUUUCCUUUUGGAGAAUAUUCAUUUUUAUCAUAGGCGCUUUCAUCGUUAGCGUGUGCAAAGGGAUAGAUGCCCAAAAUUUCUUUUUACCGAAAUUGUCUAAAACGUAUCAGAUUAAUCGAAUUCCAAUGGGAAACGUCUCCCAAUAUCAUCUUUUAUUUGAUUAUUCCAACAUCAUGCUGCAAGAAGGAAAAUCUUAUUUCUUAAACGCAGACAGCGUAAUAAUAUUUUACGUAUUAGCGAUUCAGGCUGUUGGCGCCCUAAUGAUGUACCAAUCUUGCAAAUUCGCCUAUAGAACCCACAUGCAUCAGUUUGGGUUUGCGUUUCCAACGAGUCUGGCUGGUCCGGCUACAGUGUGUUUGAUCAUGACGCUGUGCGCUAUCAGGAAUGGAAAUGUCUGUGCCUUUCACAAAUUUAUACCGGACUAUCUUUUCUUCGGGGAGCCGUUGUUCAAAACUUGGAGCGACUUCUUCUCUGAUUGGUACGUCUGGUGCUGGCCGGCAUGGCUAAUAUCUCAAAUAUGGAUCACAAUGCACUUGUGGACCACCGAGAACGAGAGACUAGCGCUGGCCGAAAAGAUCUUCUCCACAAUUACUUAUGAUUCCCUGAUGAUUGAUCAGUGUUUAGCCUUGAACAGGAGAACGCAGAAUGAUAAAACUGACGAAGACGACGAGGAAACCGUACCCAAUGACGCUAGAUUUUCAUUUCAGAAUGACGGUCUAAGUAUCGGGGACGACAUUAAUUUAGACGGUGGGAGGAUUGAGCAGGAAUUAGGAGACGAUUUGAGUACGGCAUUUAAUAAACGCAAGGAUCGAAUCACGAGGAUCUACGCGUGUGCUACAAUGUGGCACGAAGAGAGUAAUGAGAUGAACCAGUUGGUGGGCAGUAUUCUGCGAUUAGACGAAGAUCACUGUGCGAUAAGCGUCACGCAGAAAUAUUACAAAAUUCCCAUCAAGGAUUAUUACGAGCUCGAGACGCAUAUUUUCUUCGAUGACGCAUUUUGCUGCAUGCACGGCUGUGUUGGUUCGUGCAAUCACGAUGAGAACGAGACACAAGUUAAUCAUUACGUGAUAACGCUAGUGGAGACAGUUGAAAAAAAUAUCGAAAAUUUGUGUAUGCAUUAUUCGCCUCCAAUUAAAUACCCGACGCCUUAUGGAGGCCGCCUCGUGUGGUCGUUGCCAGGAAAAACUCAGCUGAUAGUUCAUCUGAAAGAUAAAAAUAAAAUUCGACACAGGAAACGAUGGAGUCAGGUCAUGUAUAUGUAUUACCUUCUGGGCUACAAUCUGAUGGGAUUGUCAAUCGACGUGGAUCGGAAAGAGAUCAUUGCUGAAAACACGUAUAUUCUUACACUGGAUGGGGAUAUUGACUUCCGACCGGCUGCCGUCAAGAUCCUCGUGGAUCUGAUGAAGAAAGAUAAAGGUCUCGGUGCUGCGUGUGGUCGAAUACAUCCUGUUGGAUCAGGUCCGAUGAUUUGGUUCCAGAAAUUCGAAUAUGCCAUCGGCCACUGGCUGCAGAAAUCUACGGAGCACACGAUCGGUUGCGUUCUGUGCAGUCCAGGCUGCUUUUCUCUCUUCAGAGCGAAGGCGCUAAUGCAGAAUAAUGUAAUGGCGAAGUAUGCCACAAAAUCGACUGAGGCCAGGCAUUACAUCCAGUAUGACCAAGGCGAAGAUCGAUGGCUUUGUACGUUGCUCCUCCAAGUGGGUUCUCGGGUCGAAUAUUCGGCGGCGAGUGACGCGUAUACUCAUGCACCGGAAGUUUUCAAGGACUUUUACAUACAACGUCGCAGGUGGAUUCCCUCCACUGUUGCGAACAUAUUUGACUUGCUGCUGACUGCCAAAUCAACCAGGAAGGUGAACGAUAAUAUCUCGUUGCCGUACAUCGCCUAUCAGUGGAUUCUCAUGGGGAGCACUAUCCUGGGACCAGGUACGAUAUUUUUAAUGCUGGUCGGUGCAUUCGUUGCCGCGUUUCACAUCGACAACUGGACCAGCUUCUGGUACAAUUUGAUUCCGAUUGGCGUGUUCGUCGGUGUUUGCUUCUUCUGCAAGGAGCGCAUGCAGUUAGUAGUGGCCGAAAUCAUUAGCGCCAUUUACGGCCUGGUGAUGAUAGUCGUCCUGGUGGGAAUUAUGCUACAAAUCGCCGAAGACGGAUGGCUCGCACCCAGCAGUCUCUUCUUCUUCGUUGUUGCCAGUCAAAUGGCAAUAGCUGGUCUGUUACAUCCACAGGAAUGGACUUGUUUAUUGUGUGGCGUUAUUUAUUACAUUACUGUGCCGUCUAUGUACAUGCUGCUGAUCGUCUUCUCCGUCUUCAACGUGCACAACGUCACGUGGGGAACGCGUGACUCGAAGAAGCAGAGUGUUCCUCAAGAUGAGCAGAGACCCAUGGAAACCAGCAGUCUUUCUGAACGCAUAAUAGGAAGAGGGAAUAAGCAAGACAGGAAUCAGAGAGGUUCACUAGAGUUUUCAUUGGCGGAUCUCUUCAAGUGCGUCUGCUGCAUUCAUUCAGGAAUCAGUCACGAAGAGAAGAAGUUGAACGAGAUCAACGAGGCCUUGCAGCAAAUAAAUAAGCGUCUGAAUUUACUGGACAGAGUACAUACACCGAACGUAGAGACGACUAGCAACAUUGGCCAAUCAUCUGAUACUAAUAUGUACGCAAGACAACCGUAUUUCUCGAUGGAGCAGCCAGCCGAAGAGGAACUGCAUGAGGAAAUUGAAUUACAACCCACAUCGGAGAAGAGCGAUCACGAGAAUGAGACCUACAAAGACGACGUUGAAGACGACGAAAGUGAUGUUCUGACGCAGGUGUCGGGGACUUCCAGUCAGGAUCAGUCUAGCUUUCUCAUUAGCCCUUACUGGCUACAGGAUGAAAGGAUUCGGAAGGGCGAGGUGGACUUUCUAUCGAAUCCUGAAGAAGAAUUCUGGAAGGACUUGAUCGGAAAAUACUUGCGGCCGAUCGAUAAUGAUGAGGAGACUCAGAAUAAAAUGGCUCAGGAAUUGAUGAGCUGCCGAGAUGCAUAUUUACUACAGUUCUUUAUGAUAAACGCAUUAUUCGUGUUGAUUGUGUUUCUUAUGCAGUUGAACAAAGAAACAUUGCACUUGCAAUGGCCAUUGGGCAUGAAGUUCAAUAUUACAUACGACAGUGAAAAGAGACAGGUAUUUAUAGAAAAAGAAUACUUGAGGCUUGAGCCAAUCGGUUGCGUGUUUAUUGCCGCAUUUAUCAGUAUAUUGGGCAUCCAGUUCUGCGCUAUGCUGAUGCACCGAUUCGGCACGUUUUCCCACGUGCUUGCUAAUACAAAACUUCCUAUUUACUCAAAGAUAACUUCUUCGGAAGACCCCGAUGAGAAGCAUGCCGACCAGAUAGCGCAGGAGCUUAAACGCAUGGCGGAGGACGACAUAAAUACUGAGUUCAGACGAAGUACCAUGACUUCUCCGGGCAGGCGAAGGACUGUACACGACAUAACUGACAAUCCGCAAAGACCAUCAAAGAUGCUGGGGAAUUUUAAAUCGCUGUUUCUUCGAAUGCUUCGUGAUCCAAAAGCAUCAGGUUUAUCGCGGCGUAUGUCCUCACAAAUACCAAAGAGCGCAUUUAACAUCUUCCAGCGGAGACGAUCGACGAUCGUAUCCGAAAGAAGAAGGACGCAAACUCAGAAACCGUAUGAUAUUUAUGAUGACGCUGACAACUUGAGAAGGAUGUCAAACGGUCGGGCUUUUCAUUCACAGCCGAGACAGACGAAUGUUACUCAAUUCCAGUAUGAUAAUCCGGGAUUUAAGCAAGAUGAAAAUAUAUGAGGGACGAAAGAUAAAAGUGUGCAAUGCAGACUUCACACUCCUUAUUUUUAAACUUAUGUUAGUACAAGAGUCAAAUGUAGAUGACAGUUCGCUAAAAUCACUGUACAGUAUUAAUUAAAAUAUUGUAUUUUUUUUUUUUCGUGUCAAGUAUUAAUUUCGACGUCAUAUUUGCAUUUAUAUUUUCUAUGAAAAUUAUUUGUAUAAAUAAAAAUUCGCAAAGUA